AUGAUGAACUCGCUGACUAGUAGGCACUCGACGCAUAACAUCUUAGUCGCUGGUUCGUUUCGACCAAAAUCAAAAUCUCGCUGCGCCACUGUGGCUAUGGCGCGUGAAACGGAUCCGAAGAAGCGAGUCGUGAUCACUGGUAUGGGUUUGUGCUCAGUGUUCGGGAACAACUAUGAUACGUAUUACGACAAGCUUCUAUCUGGUCAGAGUGGAGUCGCCCCCAUCGAUCGCUUCGAUACCACUGACUUUCCGACGAAAUUUGCAGCGCAAAUUCGCGCUUUUGACAGUGAGGGCUACAUUGAUAAGAAGAACGACAGGCGCCUUGACGACUGCCUCCGAUACGCUCUUGUAUCUGGGAAUAAAGCAUUGGAAGACGCGGGUCUUGACGCCGCUGCCAUCGAAAAUAUUGACAAGCAGCGCAUUGGAGUCCUCGUUGGUAGUGGUAUGGGAGGCUUGACAGUCUUUCAAGAUGGCGUGAAGGCACUCGUGGAAAAGGGUCCAAAAAAAAUCACUCCAUUCUUCAUCCCAUAUGCGAUCACGAACAUGGGUGGUGCCAUGCUUGCUAUUGAAAAAGGCUUCAUGGGACCGAAUUACUCAAUCUCGACGGCCUGCGCGACGGCAAACUACGCCUUCCACGCUGCCGCGAGCCACAUCAGGAAAGGAGAUGCUGACAUCAUGGUUGCAGGUGGUUCUGAGGCUCCCAUCAUUCCCGUCGGUCUCGGUGGAUUUGUGGCCUGUCGGGCACUCAGUCAAAACAAUGAUGAUCCAGAAGGAGCUUCCCGCCCAUGGGACAAAUCGAGAGACGGAUUUGUGAUGGGUGAAGGUGCUGGUGUCCUUAUCAUGGAGAGCUUGGAAAGUGCAAGGAAGAGAGGCGCACGCAUUCACGCGGAAUAUCUCGGUGGAGCCAUCACGUGCGACGCGCACCAUAUGACCGAUCCUCGAGCUGACGGCCUAGGCGUCUCCACUUGCAUAGAGCUUUCCAUCAAAGAUGCAGGUAUUACGGUAUCUGACAUCAACUACAUCAAUGCGCACGCUACGUCUACACUUGUUGGUGAUGUCGCCGAGGUCAACGCCAUUCGCAAGGUCUUUAAAGACGUCGAAAACGUGAAAAUGAAUGCCACAAAAUCGAUGAUUGGUCACUGUCUCGGGGCAGCGGGCGGUAUGGAGGCGAUUGCCUGCAUAAUGGCAAUCAAAACGGGGUCGCUCCAUCCCACUCUCAACCAACAAGAACAAGAGCCUAUUGUUAACGGCAUUGAUACUUGUGCGAACGAAAAGAAAGCACACAAGGUGACGGCAGCCAUCAGCAACUCGUUUGGUUUCGGUGGCCACAACUCGUGCGUAAUCUUUGCUCCGUUUGAAGGUUAA